AUGGCAGUAGUCGAAGCUAAACUGGAAAAAGGCGAAUCCAUAGCUAUGGAGAAUCAACGGGGUAUAACUGUUCUCAAAUGGAAGGAUAAGCACGACGUCUUAGUGCUUUCGACGAAACACUCAAAUGGCAAGCGAACGGUUCUAAAGAAAGGUAGAGCUAUUAAAAAACCAAAAAUUAUACUUGCCUACAAUGAAGCAAAAAGUUCAGUCGAUAUGAGUGAUCAAAUGACUUCAUACUCAUCACCACUCAUAAAAACUGUGAAGUGGUACAAAAAGCUAGCCAUUUAG